AUGGCGACCACACCCCCUCCGCCUUCUACUUUGCGAAUUCCUCCUACUCCUCGACAUGGAGCCGGCUAUGACCAAUAUGAACCGUAUUCUACUAGAUAUUCGACGAGAUUAGCCGGUCAGCGGGCUUCACGAGAGUCCCGCACUACUCCUCCGCCCAGUUUCGCGACCGCUCACACCAAACCCGGUCUCAGAAGCACGAAGAAGCAGAGCAGCGAUGAGUUUGAGGCAUUGUCGCCUCCAGGGUCGGUUUUCGGAUCUCCCCGCAAGAAGUAUUCGGGCCAGACCAGAUCGUCUGCUGUUACACAUUCACUGGAAGACCACCAUGUGUCAGACAGCUCAGACCCCUUCACCACCGCAGAACUCUCGCAUACUCAACAACGCCCUCCCCAGAAAUACCGACCCACCAUGACUGACGGCAUGCUGCCCACACCUGCUAAAACUCCACGAAAGAAGGCAGUUGGUGCCGUCGGAGACACUGCUCGCACCCUGUUCCCAGCAGCUCAGAGCUCGGCAUCUUCGCGAAGCAAGAAGACCAAGAAGGACACUGCCUUUUCUUUAGACAGUUUCAUCGACAAUGCCACACGGGGAUCUUCGCAGAUUGAGAUCUACACCGAUUCCCGUGAUCGAAUCCCAGAAAUCGACGAAAGUGAGGGAAACCCUUUCUACAAGAAGCACAACAAUCAGGAUUCUACCAGCCAUGUGUCUGCGCGCGCUUCUAGAAGGAGCAGAAGGGAGGAGAUGAAGCGCGAUCAGGAAGUUGAUGAGGCGGUCAAACGGAAGGAUGGAAUGGUCUACGUAUUUCGAGGCAAGAAGAUGUUUCGAAAGUUUACGGAAGACGUCGAAAGUGACGGAGAAGACGAAAACGAUUUGGGUCUGCUCGCAGCGCGUCCUGACUUGAUCGAUUCGUCCAUCAACACCGCCGUUCGCCCCUUGACCCGCUCAUCCAUCAAGCCUCGUGUACUCUUCCCGAGCGCCAAUGAUCGUGGUCAUUCAGAGCACAAUAUGAGCGACUCUGACGAAGAAGCGGCCACCGACGUUGACGAGCACGUGCUUCACAAAGAGCUUGAGGAUGACGCCGAUCAGGGCACUGAUGUCGAAAUGCCACAGCGGCCGGUGACUCCCCCACUGAAGGCUAUGGUUGCGACAUCUCCGUCUCCAGGUGCUACUGUGCGUUCCCUGCGACCUCGAGGCAAACGAGAGGGCGCGGAACACAUCGAAACACCAAAUGUGCCUGAAACGACUACAAAGCGCGUCAGUCCAUUUGCUGGUUGGCUGCGCAAGAAGCAGACUCCAGCGAAUGCCGUAUCCAAGGCGAAGAAGAGAGACGCGGACGCAGCUGCUAGUCCCGGUGGUCCUGCAAUGAAGAAGACGAGAGGGAACAGAGCCACCCCCACGUUGUGA